UGUAAUUUGUAGACUAAUAAUGUGAUUGUAAAGUGUAAACAAACAAAGACCUUACAUUUCUAUGGCGCUUAGGCACACACCCGUCACACAUUGUGCAAAUAUAGUGGGGCAAAGAAUGAGCGAUUAAGCAGUACUAUCACAAUGGCGAAACCGGAUCCCAGAAUAGAAGCUAUAAAAGCAAGGAUACAGGAUUUUCCAGAUUUCCCUAAACCUGGUAUUCUGUUCCGCGAUAUUUUCCCCCUGUUUCAACACCCUAGUUUGUGUCAUGAUGUUGUGAACGUAUUCUAUGAGCAUUUUGUAUCAAAAUAUCCUUCAACUAAAGUUGAUGCUGUACUUGGCCUCGAUGCAAGGGGAUUUCUUUUUGCUCCCCUAUUAGCUGAAAAAUUUAGGGCCAAUUUUGUGGCUGUAAGAAAGAAGGGAAAACUUCCUGGAAAAGUGGUAUCUUGUGACUAUACCCUGGAAUAUGGUUCAGCGGAAGUGGAAAUACAAAAUCAUGCCGUUUCUGAUGGCCAAAAUGUUAUCAUUGUCGAUGAUUUAUUGGCAACUGGUGGCACUAUGAAUGCCGCAUGUUUACUGGCCAAAAAACUAAAGCUUAAUAUUAUCCAAUGCCAGUGUGUAAUUGCCUUAACUGGUCUAAAUGGUGAAAAAAAGCUACCAGCUGGGAUUGACUUCUAUUCAAUUGUACAAUAUGAGUUUUAAUCAUUGCUUCAAUACUCUGUUAGAAAAAUUAAUUAUGUGCUCCACUUCAAUUGUGUUCUAUAUGCAAGCAAAGUUUUAAUUUAUUCUGUGCAGUGUGUUCUAUAAAAAAUAUUGAACUAGCUGCGGUUAAUUCAUGUUUCUGUGGUUAGUUACCUGUUGAAAUGUAAAAAUAUCCAUGAUGUUAAUUGUUAACACAUACAGGUUCGCUAUAAACUCAAUCCUUGCAAAUU